GUGUACUACAAGAAGCCAUGGGGGUCGAGAAGCAGAACGCGAACCCGACUGUGUACGCCGUCGACACCAGCGGAACGGAGCGCAAGAAGGUAGCCGACUCCACCGCAGAUGAAGACAAUGAUAUUGUCGACCCGUUUGACGCCCUGGAAGUGUUUGAAAUGCUGAGGCACUUGAACGACCCCGAGCACCCAUUGACUUUGGAGCAACUGAAAGUGAUGACACUGGACAACAUUGUUGUAAACAACGUUGAGAGCCAAGUGAAGGUGCAGUUCACGCCGACCAUCCCGCAUUGCAGCAUGGCGACACUGAUUGGGCUGUGCAUCCGUGUCAAACUCUUGAGGUCAUUGCCUAAGCGCUUCAAAGUCGACAUUCGCAUUACCCCGGGAACUCACAUCACAGAGGAUGCGAUCAACAAGCAACUGAACGACAAGGAACGCGUGGCUGCCGCGCUCGAGAACGCACAUCUUUUGAAUGUUGUAAACAAGUGCAUUGCCAACACGGACGGCUAGUCAAGCAGUUCUCACCACGUAAACAUCAGAUGACCCCUGUUUAUUUCCUGAGA